AUGUUUUUUCUUGAAGCGCACCAGCAAUUGCGGAAGGGUCAGCUAGAUUUAUCCAACAUUGAUUACGUUCGUGUUGGUGGUUUAUUACUUCAAAUUUAUCGUGGUGAUUUUAUUGAGGUGAUGCAAAUUGUGGAGAAGUGCUUGAAAUACGGCAGUCGACUGUAUCGAGUCAGCGAAACUAAUGGUUCUAGUUGCAUUCUCUCUAUAAAUAGUCGUGGAAUACAAGUAUUCGAAAACGCUGAUACCUUUCGGCCAAAGGAGGACUUUCACUGGUUUUAUUUGGAUAAUUUAUAUUAUAAAGAGAAUAUAUUUUCUAUAGAAGUGCGCGAUCCAAGGUCGAAACAAAUAACGGACUUUAACGUACUGGGAGCAUCCUUGGCUGGUGACGACGAUUUAGCGCAGGCGGUGAGCGAUCCUACAACACAGUAA